AUGUCAAUCUUCAGUGGUGAUAUCACUACUGUUGACCCAAAAUCUAUAUUUCCUGCUAGAUCUGGAGAGGUAGGGGUUAAGUCCAAUGUCUCAGUCGAUGGUCCUAUUCCUACGAACAAUUUUUUUACGAAUUUAUUGGUGGAAAAUCAAGAUCAACCUGUUUGGACCAAUCCCUAUAAGUUCACAUUUUAUGGCAAUGGAUGUAAUAUUUACUACCCCCAGCCUAACCAAUUGACUUAUGGACCUUCACCAGUGAAAUAUUUCCUUCAUCCUAGUGGAAUCAAUAAUCUUACUUUCACUUCAUCUGAUUUUUCCCAAACUCCUUCGUUCCAAUUGACGAACUUGUCGAAAUUCUCCAUCACUGCCAAAUAUUCCAACUCCUUAGGGUCGUUAGAGACUCCGUUGGUUCCAGGAAUGGGGUUUUGUACUGCUAUUUACAAAGGACUUAUCCCUAAGAUCACUACCAAUGUAGGAUUCAAGAAAGUCGAAGGAAAGAGUUGUCAGAACCCUCAGGUGUACAAAUACAUCAUCACCUUAAACGAUGAUUCCCAAUGGUCUAUGUUCCUCACGAAAAACAUCAGCUUGAAGAAUAAUGGUAGUUCGAUCUUAUUCGCUACUCUGGCUGACGUGGUGGUACAAAUAGGGUUCGGGACCUUUGAUUAUUAUGACCAAGUUGCUGGAUGUUAUGCCACAAACAUGGAAAUCCUGGCUUCGGAAUCUCAAUAUACUUUGAACUAUUCCGUUUCCGGGUCCUCACUUACCAAGGCCUUGAUGUUUGCUCCUCCCCAUAUGGUGAAGAACUUCUCCAAGGAACUGAAGGGAUCCCAGGUGAAUAUCACUGUGAAUUCAUGUACAUUGGGCCCAUUAUCGGGGUGUAUUGGUACGAAACUAACGAUGAAUCAGACCCUCCCUCCUGAUUCCCUAACCUUUAAGAAUCAGACAUUUUCUGAUACCAUCAAGCAAGAUCUCUUGGACCAAGCUAGAACUGACGCUAACGAUGAUAUAGCGGCCGCCACUAACGUUAGUUCGAUGUACUUUGCUGGUAAAGCCUUUGCCAAAUAUGCCAACUUGUUAUACAUCUGCCGGUAUAUCCUUAACGAUGAAGCAUUGACCACUACCGUUCUAACAAAACUUACUAACGCUUACACCACCUUCAUCACCAACCACCAGCAGUUCCCGCUUAUGUAUGAUACUAACUUCAAAGGUAUCGUCAGUACAGCUACUGGGGACAAUGAUUUCGGUAAUGGCCAUUAUAACGACCAUCAUUUCCAUUACGGCUACCAUAUCUAUGCCAUGGCUAUUAUCAUUAAGGUGGACGUAGAACGGAACGGUCAGUUUAGGGCCAGGGCCAAAGAUUGGACAGAUCUUCUUAUCAUGGAUAUCUGUAAUAUUAACCCCGAUAACUCCGAAUUCCCUUUCAUGAGGAACUUUGAUUUUUACACCGGCCAUUCGUGGGCCAAGGGGCUCUAUGCCAGUGCUGACGGGAAGGACGAGGAGAGUUCUAGCGAAGAUAUCAAUUGUUACUUUGCCAUGAAGAUGUAUGCUGAUGUCAUGGGAUAUACCAAUUUGAGGAAGUGCUGUAGUUUGAUCUUAGGGAUUCUUAAAGAUAGUUUGAACAGUUACUUCUACUACGAUCACAAUACCAUCGAGCCCCAACAGUUCGUCUACAAUAAGGUCAGUGGGAUUUUAUUUGAGAACAAGAUCGAUCACACAACAUAUUUCGGUAAUGAAGAGAGUUACAUCCAUGGGAUUCACAUGAUCCCUUUGAUAGCGUUAUCGUAUUGGUUUAAGUCCAAAGAAUUCGUCAACGACGAAUGGCAGUUGAUCAAGGAUGAUUUGGUGGAAGAUAAUUUCCGGUCGAUUCUCAUGCUUAACUAUAGUUUAGUGGAUGCUAAAGCAGGGUAUGAGUUUUUCAAGAGCUGGAAGGGGGUAUUGGAUGAUGGGGUGACAAUGACAUACUGUUUGUUUUAUUGUGCUAGUAAUAUGUAA